AUGUUUAAGCUAUCUGAGCUGGUUCGCUGGCUUGGCCUCACCGAAUUCGAGAUUUUGGUGAAUCUUUGCGGCCUCUUGGUCUUCACAAUAACGCUGGCCUUUAAAAUCGCCGGCACAUUCAACAAUCUAUUCCCGGAGAUGAUGAACGAUUGGUUUAGCAUCUUUAGUCCAUUGUUUUUCAUCGAUAUUUGCAAUGCCUAUUUCUGUGUUAUUGUCGGCAUACGAAUGUAUUUGGAUUCGGAUAACAAACGCAAGGCGUUGCAUCGCUUUAUGUGGAGCACAUAUUUCCUUGUUCUGAUUGCCAUCUUCAAGUAUCUGUUGUGUCUCAAAUUGUCGGGCAAAACGGGUCUUGAGUAUAGCGAGGUCUUCACACCCAUCUUUGUGCUGUUACAAUUGGUUGCAGUACGCGCUUGCCAGCUGCCCAACUCUAUUUAAACAAUGUUUUAUUAACUAUAUUGUCUAUAAAAACUAAAAGUAAACUAAACAAUAUAAAAAUAACAAUAACACCAUGCAUCAAUCCGUACGUUAAGUUAUUGUAAGCUAAGCUAAUCUGAUGAAUGUGCAGAAAUACAAACAUAUUUUUUUUGUACACAAAA